CCCCGAGAGACACCCCCGCGCUCGGGCACCACAUGGGCGCUACCGGGUGACGCCCCACCCCCCCAGUUCCACGUGGUCAGCUGCGCCACUCCAGCGGCUCUCGGCCGCUAGGUCUGAGCGAGGCACGGGUCCCGGAAUGGCGGGGAAUCCGUCCGGCGGUGCUGCUCCGUUCCUCUGUCCCCCCAACUUUACUGAGACGUCCCCAGCUUCAGAGCCCACUCGUUUCUCUUUGGAGGUGUUAAGGGACCCAGAUACGGAACUGUGGCUUAUCCAGGCUCCUGUAGACUUCGCCCCAGACUGCCUCAACGGGCGGCUAGUGCCUCUCUCGGGCUUCCGGAUUGUGAAGGGCAAGUUGGCAGGCAAGCGGCACCGCUACCGGGUCCUCAGAAGCAGCGGCCCCCAAGCUGGAGAAGCAAUCCUGCUGGCUCCCUCAGGGGAGGUGGGAGGGGGACUCACCUGUGCCCCAGCCCCCCAGGGGAGCCUUAGGAUCUUUGACGGUCCCCAAGAAUCCCCAUCAGGGACCCUGCUGCAGCCCAUCCCCGCAAGCCCUCCGCCACAGAUCCCCCCCGGCCUGAGGCCUCGGUUCUGUGCCUUUGGAGGCAGCCUGCCAGUAACAGGGCCUGGGUCAGUCUUGGCACUGAAGUCACCAGCCUCAAGGAAGAGGAAGAAGAAGAGGCAUAUACCAGAGGCCUCAGUUCCCCAGGAGGUGGUGAAUGGGCUUGGGGCCCUGGAGGUGGACACAGCUUUGGGGUCCCCAGAUGUGGAUGUGGGGAAGAAAAAAAAGCAGGAGCCGCAAGAACUAGAGGUGAUGGGGCCAGGAGCAGCAGAACCCAUGGCUGAGACGUCAGAGCCCCCGGGAGCACUGCUCCCGUCUACCACCACCAAGAAGAAGAAAAAGAAGCCCAAAGGGGCAGAAACAGUCGAACCAGCAGAGCAGACGCCAGUGCCUGAAGCACAGACGGUGGAGCCGGAACUCACAAUUAAAAAGGAGCCUCUGGAAGAGACAGUCUUCUCUCCCACCAGGAAGCCAAAGAGGCAGAAGGGACUGGAAGGGAGGGAGCCAGGGGAAGGGGUGGCAGCGGAGUCUCCGCUGCAGCUGAAGAUGGAGCCCCAGGAGGAAGCAAUCUCACAGCCGUCCUCGAAGAAGAAGAAAAAAGAAAAGGGGUACCAAGUAAUGAUGGAGCCAGGGCCUGAGGCUACAGAGCCAGAGGUGGGCCCUCUGGAGCUCCCAGGGGAGAUGAUGGGGCCUGAACAGCCCUGUGAAGUUGAACCUCAGGCUGAGGCAGCUCUGGCGUCUGCCAAAAAGAGGAGGAAGAAAGAAAAAGGGCAAAACGCGACGGGGGAGCCAGUGGGGCCGGGGGCAGAGGUGAGGGAGCCUCAGGUGGAGCCGGGGGACCUGGAACCGCAGGCAGCUCUAGCAUCCAGCAAGAAGAAGAAGAAGAAGAAAGAACAGGGCCACAAUGCGACGGAGCCCAGGGCCGAGAUGAGUGGCCCACCGGGCGAGGUGUUGGAGCUGGAGCCGCUGGCCGAGGGGGAGCCUGAGGCCCGGGCAGAUCCAACAUCCACCAGGAAGAGGAAGGAGCGGGGCGAAGGAAGUGGGGUGCCAGGGACGGCAUCCCAGGAGGAGGUGCGCGAGCCGCCAAGUCCGGAGUUGGGGGCCAUGGCUCCCGCAGGCCGGGAGAAGAAGCGGAAGAAGCUACAGCAGGAUUCUGUGUAGUCUCCUCCAGGGAAACUGAGGGCUGCAAUUAAGAAAAGCUGGAGGUGACCACCUGGGCCAGGAGAGAGCAAGUGCAGAGGACUCCCCCCACACCCCCCGCCCCCCCGCCGCCCGUCACUGCCCCAGCACGCCAGCAGCAGCCUGGG